UGACUUCAUUCUGGUUUUGUAUAGUUUUGUCAACUGAAAUUCAAUGGUGGUAAGAAAUCCUGUCACUGUCUGUAAGGAGUUUGUAUGUUUUCCUCAUGACCUUGUGGGUUUUCUCUGGGUGCUCUGGUUUUCUCCCACUUUCCAAAGACAUACCAUUUAGUAGGUUAAUUGGUCGUUGUAAAUUGUCUUGUGAUUAAGCUAGGGUAAAAUUGGGGGAUUGCUGAGUGGCUUGGUUUGAGCCUAUUCCACGUUGUAGCUCAAAUAAACAAGCAGAAAAAGAGUAAUUCGACUAAAUUUUUCACACUGCAUUAGAUUUUUAAGAUGAUUUGUUACCCAAGGGUAGCACUGUCAUUUCAUUUCCUUCAUCUGGAUAUGUAUCUUUCCCUUGGAAAUGGGAUAAUACUUAUCAGUGUUGCUGAGCAGUGAGACCUUGGGAUCCAAGUUCAUAACUCCUUGUAAGUGUUACACAGGUCCACACAGUGGUUAAGAAGGCUUCUGGAAUGCUUGCUCUUAUUAUUAGAGGCAAUGAGUUCAAACGUCAGGAGGUUAUGUUGCAAUUUUAUAAAACUUUGGUUAGGCCACACCUGAAGUACUGCAUAUAUUUAUAGUUGCCCACUAUUGGAAGGAUGUUGAGGCUUUGGGGAGGGUGCAAAGAUAUCUCCCAGGAUGCUGCCUGGUUUAGAGGGCAUGUGCUAUCAUGAAAGGCUGAUAUAAACUUGGGUUGUUUGCUCUGAAGCACCAGAGCCUGAGGGGAGAUCAGAUAGAGGUUUAUAAGAUUAUGUGAGGCAUAGAUAGAGUGAACAGAAUAUUUGUUACCCAGAUUGAAAUGUUUAAUACCAGAGGGCAAACAUUGAAGGUAAGCGGCUAAGUUCAAGGGGGAUGUGAGGGGUAAGUUUUUUACUCAGAGUCAUGGAUGCCUGGAAUGCGUUGCCUGGUAUGGUAUUAGAGGAAAAUACAUUGGAGGCUUUUAAGAGACAUUUGGAUCGGCACAUGGAUGUAAGGAAGAUGGAUGGAUAUGGACGUGGUGCAGGUAGGAGGGAUUAGUGUUUGAGUGAUUUUGAAUGGCUUUGUGUGCUGAAUGGCUUGUCCUGUGCUGUAUUGCUCUAUAUUCUAUGUGAAAGUUACUGUGAUUUUGCUACUAGUGAUCAGUUUGCAACUUGGUCUCACCAGCAUUUCAUGAUGCAGAAUUAGGAAUCUCAUUAAAAACUGGACAAUGUUCAAGAAUUCCCCAGUCAGAAGGGGAAUGUGUCAACCCUUCAUGAUCUGAACUGAACAGAUCUGAAUUGACAACAACUCCACUCUAUUUAGAUCAAUAGAAAUUGGGCAUCUGUCCCAGAUCUGAUUUUUGAAAGCAAAAUCCCAAAGACGUGGGUUGGUAGGAUAAAUGGACAGUGAAAAUGACCCCUGGAGUAGAUGUAAGUGGUAAAGUCUGGGAGGAGCUGAUGGGAAUGUGGUGAGAAUGAAGUGUGCUAGGGCAGGGUUUUAAUUGGUGCUUGAUUGUCGAUGUGAACUGAGUACCUCCAUGAUUCUCCGAUGUUUGAUGGCAAUUAGAAAAGGAUAGCUACCAGCAGUGGGUUUGAAAUAAUCAAGAUUAUUUUGAUACUAAUUGAGUACAAGAGCUCUAAAAUUGUACAUCUAGUACUUAUUGAAAGUAAUUUAUGAACAUAUAAUCAGUAGGGAUUUUGAUUGCCAAGCAGUCUGUGGGUUUAGUGCAGAAUGAUUGCAAGUGGAUUCAUUUUGUUCACAGGCAUUAGUGGUGAAACUGAACAUCGGUACAUGUACAAGAAAUGUGUGCCAAAAGAUUUAUCAGAGUGCUUUCAUACCUAUUAACAUUAGAGUACUCAAAUGAUCUAUUAAUCAUAAAUAAUUCUUAUUCCUUCAAAAUUCCUCCUUCUGGGGAGAGGAAAGCAGAUCAUCUCUGUACUGUGAUUUUUGUAGCCAGGUGUUAUUCCUUACAAUUGGGUUAUUUAUUUCCAAGUAAAACCUUAUGUCUACUGAAGGAAUUUCAGCAGUCUCUUCAGUAGUUUAUUUUUUAUGCUCUGGAUUUCCAGCAUCUUGUGUUUCCAAAACGUCUACUUUAGAUAGGCAAGUAAAUGUCUGCAAGAGAAUUGUCUUUUUAGCCAAAAGAAAGCUAGCAAUGGUUUAGUAUUUUCUAAAGGCCAGAGCAACAGGUCAUCAUAGUGAAUGAUCAAAAAUUCUGGAGAACUUAAAAUGAACUGAUGUUAAGAUGCUGUUUGCAUUGACUGGCACAAAGAAUUAAAGAUCAUGCUUUCUGGAUAAUGGGCAGGCUAUUUUAAGAGUAUAUUGAGUUUAUUGAACCUUUAGGAAUUGCCCAUCUCAGAGGGCGAUUGAUAUGAUUUUACUUGUUCAUUGAAGACUAAAAUCAGUUUUUUUUGCAACAAUGAGGAAAGUAAUGGAUCUUGGAAUUGGGCUAUAAAGUGGAGGUAGAAGUCCAAUUGUGAGCUAAUGAAGACUAGACUGGGUUCCAGGGGUUAAUUGGCUCACAUAGCCAGAUGUCAAUGCCAAACAAAAUGCUAAAUGAGUUUAAACCUUUAUCGGUCCUGAUGAAGGGUCUUGGCCUGAAAUGUCAACUCUUUAUUCCUCUCCAUAGAUGCCACCUAAACUGAGUUCCUCCCACAUUUUGCGUGUGUAAAAUUAAAUCUUUCCUGCCUGAAUGUGAUUCAUGUGUAUCCAUUUCCUAUGUAUAUGCCUAUCUGGUGAUUCUCCAUCAUGUCCAACAAAGGCGGGAAACUUACGCGGGAGAGUUUUAUAAAGAGGAAAAACCGUUGCACUGGGGCUGUUCCACCUCUCUUGACCUCGGAAGUCCGGGUCCAGUGGCAUGAAAGAAACAUCUUUUGGAUUUAUUCUUACUCUGAUUGCAGAGGAUGAUAAACCUUUGCCUCCCAAACUUUCACCCAAGGAUACAGUGCAAUCAGGUCUGCGCUGACGGCUAUGAAGUAAGCAAUUUGGUAUCUGCAGAUCCCGUGAAGGCAAGGUGUGGAUUCCGUGCUGAGUACUUCAUCAAACCUCCUCUACAUGUUACGGUGUCAUUCCCAUUUAAUGUGGAGCUUUGUAGAGUUGACCUGGAAGUCUCAGGGUUGCAGAACUCUUUAGGAUUGGACAUCUAUACCUGUACAACACGUAAUAAGACUCAGACAUGGAGUGAAAAUUCCUUACAGAGCUCUCAGCCUUCUUGCCAGGCCUUUACUGACAAAGAUGUUUUCACAUUAGUGGGGAAGGUUGUGCUGAAAGACCAAAACAAAGUAUCCUUCAGGCACAAAGCAUACAAACCCAGAGCUCCUUUCAAUGAGCUUGAUGAGCUUUCUGUUGUUGACAGCCAUACCUCCAAACAGGAUUUGUGGAACAAGGGACAAUUUUCAUUGACGAAUAUAAAUCACCUCAGGAUUUGCAUCACUUACGUAUCAGGGGGCCGUGUGCCUUGUUUCAGAAAGCUGGACAUCUGGGGACAACCAUCUAGAUCAUCCCCUCUUAAACUUAUUGAAAGUGUCUUCAAGGCUUACCAAGAAUACAAGGCUGAGCAAUCAGUUCCUGUAAUCAAGCAAGGAAUUGCUUCUCCUGCACCGUCUAACAGUACACCUGGUGACAGCCUACAGCCCAGUACCCAUGAAUCUCCGCUACCUGGUGGGAGCAUUCCAGAGGAAUUUCUGGACCCCAUAACUUCUGAAAUCAUGGUGCUUCCAAUGCUGCUUCCUAGUGGUAAAGUAAUCGAUCAGAGCACACUGGACAAAUAUAGCCGGAAUGAAGCUACGUGGGGCAGGGUGCCAAACGACCCCUUCACCGGUGUCCCUUUCAGCCACCAUUCAAAGCCUGUGCCUCACUUGACUCUUAAAGCAAGGCUAGACUACUUUGCGCUGCACAGCUCAAUACCAGGCCAUGACGUUGUGGGGAGAAGUCGAGUUGGUUUUGUUGCCUCAUCUGCAGUGAAGAGAAAAUCAGACUCCAUACAGGAUGCAGACAUGAAUCCUGUCUCUGAACAAAUAAGUGUCUGCACUUGUUCAAAUUAUUCAUCUGUGUCAGAUUCUAAUGAAAAGAGAUUCAAAGCAGAAGUGAAAGAACCGCAGAAGUCUGAGAAAAGUUUGGGAUUGGUAUCACAUGAGCAGAAGUUAGCACAGAGCCUGGACAGUGCGUUGGCUUCCGUCUUAAGCACAUUUCCAUCCUUUACUGUCAAACAUAGUCAAUACAAAUCACAGCCAGUAGGUGGCAGCAACGCUAACUGUCUGCAAGGGCAAAGUCCAGUUGGGUCUUACGAAGCCUGCAGCAGCUGCAACGAGGCAUUCUCGGCAUAUUCCAAACACUUGGUGGUGUACAGAUUGUUGUGUGGACACCUGAUCUGCAGGCCCUGUUUGUCUGAGCGACAAAAAUCUUCAACACCUUCCUGCUUGAAAUGCAACCGGACAAUCUGUACCAGCGACGUUGUGCGGGUUCACCUAUAGAUCAAUGGCACUUUCAGCUCUUUCUUUGUGUCUACAGGAAAUGUUGGAAAUACUCAGGUGUUCAAAGGGUUCAUUUUAUUCUGAAAAUAUAAAUGUACAAUAUAACUCUGAUAUUUGUCUUCUCCAGAUAGCCAUGAAAUACAGAAAGACCAUACAUAAACUCCCUAUGCAUGAAAAAGAAACAAAACUGUUAAAACCCCAAAAUCCCCUACCCCCUCACUCACAAAAAAACAACAACAAUCCCUGACCUCCUCACUUACAAAAAGAACAGCAACAGUAACAUCAAAAUCCACCAUAACCACACACCACAUAUAGGUGCACACCUAACACACACAAGUACACCCACCCAACAGAUCACACACCUGCAAAUCAGCCACAAGAAAGAAAACCAUCAGACAUAGGAGCAGAAUUAGGCCAUUUAACCCACUGAGUCUGUUCUGCCAUUCAAUCAUGGCUGAUCCUUUUUUCUGUCCUCUUCAGCCCCACUCUGCAUCCUUCUCCCCAUAAACUUUGAUGCUUUGGCCAUUCAAGAACCUAUCAAAUUCCACCUCAAAUACAUCCACAGCUGCCUGCGGUAACAAAUUCAACUAAUUCACCACACUCUAGCUAAAGAAACUUCUCUGCAUCUCUAAAUGGUUGCCCCUCUACCCUGAGGCUGUACCCUCUUGCCCUAGGCUCAUCCAUCAUGGGAAACAUGGUGCGGCCUUCUAUAUAUUGGUGAGACCCGACGCAGACUGGGAGACCGUUUCGCUGAACACCUAUGCUCUGUCCGCCAGAGAAAGCAGGAUCUCCCAGUGGGCACUCAUUUUAAUUCCACGUCCCAUUCCCAUUCUGAUAUGUCUGUCCAUGGCCUCCUCUACUGUCAAGAUGAAGCCACACUCAGGUUGGAGGAACAACAGCUUGUAUACUGUCUGGGUAGCCUCCAACCUGAUGGCAUGAACAUUGAUUUCUCUAACUUCCGUUAAUGCCCCUCCUCCCCUUCUUACCCCAUCCCUUAUUUAUUUAUUCCCCCCUUUUUUUCCUCUAUUUUUCUCUCUGCCCCUCUCCCAAUCACUCCUUGCCUACCUGCCAUCUCCCUCUGGUGCUCUCCUUCCCCUUUCUUUCUCCCUAGGCCUCCCAUCCCAUGAUCCUUUCCCUUCUCCAGCUGUGUAUCCCUUUUGCCAAUCAACUUUCGAGCUUCAUCCCUCCCCCUCCUGUCUUCUCCUAUCAUUUUGAUCUUCCCCUCCUCCUCCCCACUUUCAAAACUCUUACUAUCUUUUCUUUCAGUUAGUCCUGACGAAGGGUCUUGGCCUGAAACGUUGACUGUGCUUCUUCCUAUUGAUGCUGCCUGGCCUGCUGCGUUCCACCAGCAUUUUGUGUAUGUUGCUCCUUUCCAUGUCUACUCUUGUCUAUGAACCCUUUCGAAUGUUGAAACGCCUAGACAGAAUAUCAACAAUUUGGAUUAUGGAGUAGAUGGCUUUGUGGCUAACUACAAAGAUAGGUUGAGAGGCUGGUAGUGCUGAGGAAACAGAGUCUGCAGAGAGACUUGGAUAGGUUGGGAGAAUGGGCAAAGAAGUGGUAAAUGAAAUACAAUGUUGGAAAGUGCAUGGUCAUGCACUUUGGUGGAAGAAAUAAAGGGGCAGACUGUUAUUUAACUGGGGAGAGAAUUCAAAGUUCUGAAAUGCAACGGGACUUGGGAGUCCUCGUGCAGGAUACCCUUAAGGUUAACCUUCAGGUUGAAUCGGUGGUGAAGAAGGCGAAUGAAAUGUUGUCAUUCAUUUCUAGAGGAGUAGAGUUUAGGAGCAGGGAUGUGAUGUUGAGGCUCUAUAAGGGAAUGGUAAGACCUCACUUGGAGUACUGUGUGCAGUUUUGGGCUCCGUAUUUAAGAAAGGAUGUGCUGAUGUUGGAGGGGAUUCAGAGAAGAUUCACUAGAAUGAUUCUGGGAAUGAGAGGGUUAACAUACAAGGAACGUUUGACCGCUUUUGGACUGUGCUCCUUGGAGUUUAGAAGAAUGAGGGGGGACCUCAUAGAAACAUUUCGAAUGUUGAAAGGCAUGGACAGAGUGGAUGUGGCAAAGUUGUUUCCCAUGGUGGGUGAGUCUAGUACAAGAGGGCAUGACUUAAGAAUUGAAGGGCGCCCAUUCAGAAGAGAGAUGCAAAGAAAUUGUUUUAGCUAGAGGGUGGUGAAUCUGUGGAAUUUGUUGCCACGGGUGGCAGUGGAGGCCAAGUCAUUGGGUGUAUUUAAGGCAGAGAUUUAUAGGUAUCUGAGUAGCCAGGGCAUUAAAGGUUAUGGUGAGAAGGCAGAGGAGUGGGACUAAAUGGGAGAAUGGAUCAGCUCAUGAUAAAAUGGCGGAGCAGACUCAAUAGGCCGAAUGGCUGACUUCUGCUCCUUUGUCUUAUGGUAGUUUAAAUAUAACACUUUGACUUGCUACCUUUUGAUACCGCAUCCCUGAUGCACUGACACUCACCCUGCUAGCUGCAAUUUUGUCCUAUCAUCUGCCUGCACUUCCUGACAGUCACGGGUUUCUUCUUUGCAAGAGAAUUUAAAAGUGAAGCAUAUUUUCUGAAGGACUCUUGUUUUUUAUAAGAACAUUAACUUACAGUAGAAAUAAACAAAGGCUUUUAGCUUCAGCCUGUCAAGGUUACAUAAGAUCCAAUCAACCCUGGAAUAUUAAGGGUUUGUUAAUCGAAUGAUCCAUUGCUGAAAUCUACUAUUGAUUUGAUGCCAUCUUAAGUUUAAAAUACAAUUCUAGUAUAAAACAAACAAAAACACCCACACAUACAUUAGUAAGUUUGCAGAUGAUACAAAGAUUGGUGGUGGUAAGGAUAGUGUUGAAGACUGGCAAAGAAUACAACAUGAUAUAGUUCAGUUGCAUUAAUGGGCAGAGAAAUAGCAGAUGGAGUUUAACCUGGCCAAGUAUGAAGUGUUGCACUUUGGUAAGUCAAAUGUAAAGAGAGAGUACACUCUUAACAGGUAAGAUCCUUUACGGUGUUGAUGAGCACAAAGAUCUUAGGGUCCAAGUUCAUAGCUCUAUGAAAGUAGCUGCACAGGUUGAUAGUGGGGGUAAGAAGGCAUGUAACAUGCUUGCCUUCAUUAUUUGAGGCACUGAGUUCAAAAGCCAGGAAGUUGUGUUGCAGCUUUAUUAAACUUCAGAUAGGCCAUAUCUGGAGUAUUGCAUGCAGUUCUAGUUGUCCCCAUUAUAGAUAGGAUGUUGAGGCUUUGGAGAGGGUGAAGGAGAGGUUUGCCAGAAUAUUGCCUGGAUUAGAGAGCAUAUGCUAUAACAAGAGGUUGGACAAACGGGCUGUUUUCUCUGGAGUGGUGGAAACUGAGGAGAGAUCUGAUAGAGGUUUAUAAGCUUAUGAGAGGCAUAGAUAGAUUAGACAGACAAUAUGUUUUCCAAGUGUUGAAAUGCCUAAUACCAGAGGAUGUGCAUUUAAGGUGUAGGGGUAAUUUUUACACAGUGAUGGGUACUUGGAAUGGUGGUAGAGACAGAAACAUUAAAGACUUAAAUGUUUAGACAGACACAUGAAUGUGAAGGAUGUGGCCAUUGUGUAGGCAGAAGAGAUUAGUUGGCCAUUUGGUUAUGAAUUUAAUUGGUUUGGCACAACAUUGUGGGCCAGAGGGCCUGUUCCUGCAUUGUUCUGUGUUCUAGAAUGCAGGGUCUUGGCCUGAAACAUCGAAUGUUUAUUAAUUUCCAUAGAUUCAAAGUACAUUUGUCAUGAAAGAGUAUAUGCAGUACACAUCCCUGAGAUUCCUCUCCCCACAGACAGCCACAAAAAAAGAAAUACUAUGGAAUCCUUUUGAAGAAAACAUUAAAAUGACCAAUGCACAAAAAAGGAACAAAUUAAGCAAACAGUAAAAAAGUGGAAAAGUAUGAUAUAAAACAUCAAACCAUUGAAAGAGUUUUGGAAUGUUCAUUAAGUUCAGUUUAGUUCAAUUUAGCACUGCAUCGUUCAUUGACUGGAGGCUGCAGAGCCAGUCGACUUCAACCAAAAUCACACAAAACAGCAAUAAAAAGGGAGUAAAGAGAAACACAUCACAACAUCAACUACAGAGUCCAAUCCACUAACUACUUCGAUUUAAACCAAGACCCCAGGAGUAGCCUAAGAGUAACCCGUCAGGCAGGCACAUUCCUCUGACAGCAGCAAGCGAGAGGGACCAGUGUUCGCUGGCACUAUCUUCUGCCUGACCUACUGAGUUCCUCCAGCAUUUUGUGCAUGUUGGUCUGGAUUUACAGCAUUUGCAGAAUCUCGUUUGUUUAAAGUACGUAGAUCAGCUUUUUUAGUGCAACCUAUUUGCUCAAAUCUUCUCAAGAUCUUUUAGACAUCUUAUAAAACUUAUAAAUCAUUUUGAAAAACUAGGAUAUAAAACUGGCAUCAAAUCCAUAUUUUUAUAUUUCUUAUCAGAUAUAAUAUUAGCAUCUGGAACAUUGAUUUUUUUGAAUUAGCAAUGAGUAGUGUCAUUAAACUCAGCAUGCUGAUCAGAGCAAACCUGAAUGAGCUACAGAAAGUUACAGUGUUCUGGCUAUAUUCUGCACUUUGAAUGGAUUUACAAGCCUGUAGAUGGAAGAAAGAUGUGAACUCUGAGGGAAUCAGAAUCAGGUUUAAUAUCUUAGGUAUAUGUUGUGAAAUUUGCUGAUUUGAGGCGGCUGUAUAGUGCAAUACAUUAUAAUAAAAAGUACAAAUUACAGUAAGUUAUGCAAGAAAAAAGAAAACUAAUAGAGAGUUCAUUGCCUGUUUAGAAAUCAGGUGGAAGGGAAGAAGCUGUUUCUAAAAGGUUGAGUGUGUCUUCAUUUUGAGAUCUUACAAUAGAAUUUGACAGUUUUCAGUUUUACAAUGAAAAUCAUAACUCGGACAUUUAAUCAGUAUCAUGUUUUUGGAUAAUACGGGAUGGACAAAAGAGCACUGCACUGAAGGUCAGAUGAACACAGUAAGAAGAAUGUAGCUGUGGCUGGAAUGAGUAGCAUGCCCAUCUCUGUGAAAUUGAUGUGCUGAGUGUCGAAAUGUAAAUGAAAAGUAAGUGGACCAGUGACGGAGAUGCAAAACAACUGCAAUUAAUUCCUAGCUGUAAGUAGAUAAGAAUAAAUCCUGCCAAAGGGUCUUGGCCCGAAACGUCGAAUGUACUUUUUUCCAUAGAUGCUGCCUGGCCUGCUGAAUUCCUCCAGCAUUUUGUGUGUGUGGCUUGGAUUUCUCUUGUUUACAAUGUAAAUAUUUUUCUUUUAGUACUUAUAAAGCUCUUACUACA